AUCCUCAACUCACACCUCAUUUCCUCAUCCACACUUGUUUUUCUUCAUCAACUUUUCACAUUUACAAAGAAUUAGUUUUCAUCAACUUAGAAAUAAUUGAUCCACAUCUCAUCCUCCUCUUCUCUAAUUAUAAUUUGCAUGAUUUCAGAAACUGCACAGCUAAACUAUACUCCACAGGGAGGCAACUUUGAGCUUCUUAGUUUAUUCUUCCAAUGCUCGAGGUCGUGCUCGUUGUUUCACAACAAUUUUAAUCCCGUUUGAGUCCCUUUUAUCCGGUUUGGAAAUGGAGGGUUCCCCGGCGGAUCUGGUGAAAGAGCUGAGUCGAGGGAGGGAACUGGCGGAGCAGCUGCAAAUCCAUCUCAAUAACGUGCACUCCUCUUCCCACGAAGCUCGGGACUUUUUGCUCCACAGAAUUCUCAAUUCGUACGACCAAGCACUCUCCAUGCUCAAGUUUAGCCGACCCGGUGGUUCCGAGGGGCCAGCGCUGACGGUGUCGGAUUCUCCCGGCAGUCCUCACAGUGAUGAUUCCGAUCAGGCUUCUAGGAAGAGAAAGGCAGCGGAAAAGUGGACGGAGAAAGUGAAAGUGUGGGAAGGAAUAGGAAUCGAGGGUCAACUGGAUGAUGGCUAUGGUUGGAGGAAGUACGGCCAGAAAGACAUCCUGGGAGCAAAACAUCCCAGAGGGUACUACAGAUGCACAAAUAGGCACAGCCAGGGCUGUAUGGCAACAAAACAGGUCCAAAGAUCCGAUGAUGACCCGACCAUUUUCGAAAUCACAUACAAAAGAAAGCACACGUGCAACCCACGUCCAAAUUCAAGUAAUACCAUCAACCCAUGCACAGCAUCCAUGCCCGACCCGAACCCACUUUCCCUAUCCGAGAACCCGCACCAAUUAGGAGCCCGGUCCGAACAAAACCAGCAACGUCAACCAGGUCCAGAACCACUCUUCAAGAUCCAAACAAGUCUUAGAGUUAUAACCCAUGAUUUAGGCACCGAGGAAAACCCACCGUUGGAUCCAUUUAACUUCCCUUCAUCAUCAACCAUUAACCCCGACAAUGUUAUAGGAAAUUAUUCGCCUAAUCUGUUGUCCCCUGCAGCAUCCGGGUCGGAUUAUUACCCGAUUUCGAUGAAUGUCACCAACGAUAAUUAUACAGAAUUAAUUCCCAAUUUCCACACGUCAGAGUCUGAACUCAGCCCAAUUGUUGCAGCUGUGACUUCUGCCACCAACUCCCCUACCGUUGGUGCAAACUUCCCAUUCGGGUCAUCAGAAUUCGACCCGAAUUUUAGCUUUGGGAAUCCGGGAUAUUAUCCUUAAAUAUUAAACUCUUUUUUUCUUUUAAAAGGAAAGGAAAAGAUAUUGAAUAAAGCUUAGACAAGCAGGUCGGUAUUUAGCAAGAAUUUUGUUCUCGUAAGACAUGAGUUGGAAAUUUAAUUUGUUUGUACAAUUUUGAUAUUUGCGUUAAUUAAGGUUAAUUAGUUUGGUUAGUUUCUUGCAGGUGAUAGUUAGUGGACUGUAAGAAAGAGUAGAAAUUAAGCUUUGUACCUCGUUGGCCAUGGAUUUACAACAUCUUAAUUCCUGUGUCGAAUAGUAAGAAUUUUGAAUUUCA